AUGCCCGGGCACGCUCAGCUUCAACGGCUCAAGGCAGCUGAAAAUGCACGCCGGAAGCGCGAGGAGGGAAACCGCAAGACUUUUGGCUGGCUCAGACUCCCAACCGAGAUUCGCAACAAAAUCUACGACCUGGUUUUACCCCACGAUCGAAUCAUCGAUGUCUUCUACGAAUUCGCAGACCGCCAUCGCAGAGUAGGCUCCGAGGGCAUGGUCCUCACCGAACUGCUCAAGGUAGACGCGUCCUGGACGACCUGGAUCGGCAUCACACAAGCAACCCGUCUCAUCCGGCAAGAAGCGAACAGAUACUACUACGGAUCGAACAUCUUCGUCAUCGGAAUCAGCCACCUGCUCUGGGACAGAUCUGUCAAAUGGCUGCGCACACGACCGCAAGACGCCUUUUGCGUGAUGCCAAAGCUGCUGCUUUGUGAGCACACCGUCUGUCUCUCAUCUUCUCAUAUCGAGCACACGAGGGUUGUGCAGCUGGACCUCUUCACACUCGAAACGCGAAUGCUGAAAGUAUGGCUGGAGAGGGACCCCUUUCCACGCAACGAGUUCUGCCCCGUCUGUUUCGACAUCUGUAAGAAGGGACUGGUGGCCAUGCGAAAGCGCAUUCUUUUCAAGCGGCAGCUGGCAAACUGGCUGGACGGAGAGCCUACCGGUGAGCGAGCUGUUCAAGCGAUCAGGACAUUACGAUGCGAUACAAAGUCUUUCACGGGUCCAAAUCUUCAUCGGAUAGAAGCAGUGGAAGAUGACAGCGAGGGCGCCAAGGAGACAGUCACCAUCUUGACAACCCCAAUCGUGCUAGAUCACUCCGACAAGGUGAUGGUGACUCAAGCCGAGGAGUCAUGCUGCUCCGACGAAGACGAACGCGGCAGACGCGAGCUCGAGAACAGCUCUUCAAGACUCUUGGACCUUCCGGCGGAGGUUCGCAAUCAAAUUUACGCUGAGCUGCUGCCAUGUGAUGAGAUCUGGCACAUCACGAGCGACAUGUACUACGAGAUUCGACAAAGCAACUCGAAGCCAGACAAGAAAGCAUUCGUCAAGGAUGACAUGUCCGAUGACAUGAGAUUCGACCGUCUCGCGCUUUCUCGCUGCUGCAGACAGCUGCGGAAGGAAGUCUUGAGAUACUUUUACGGGUACAACUCCUUCGUCCUGCCCAUCGCCCCCGAGGAGAUCAACGGAACGCGCGAAUGGCUUUCUACUCGUCCACAGGAGACAUUUGCAGUCUUGCGGAAAGUCUAUCUCCAACAAGCGAUGCGUCGCUGCCACAAGGAACGCACUCCCUGGUACGAGCGAUUGCUGUCCAUUGACCUCAAGACUCUCGAGGUUGAGAUCAUCGGCAAGCUGAGGCAUUGCUCUGGGUGCCUGGAGCGCUACGAGAGACAGGUAGAGAGGGUUAAGGAGAGACGGCCAUACAAGCAGCUCAAAGAGACAUGGCCAGACUUGGAGAUGACGGAGGGUCGUCUCAUGGAGCUUGCGAGGAUGUUCCAGCGGCGACCAAGCUCGUCGAAGUCUGAGGAGGAAGACGAUGCGGCUUUGGCAGGGCUUGCCCUCUUAUUUGAAGAAGUCUAG